AAGAACCUUGGAUUACAAUAAGGUUCCGGGAAAAUAGGAAGAAGAAGAAGAACCCUAAUCAUGCUAUUAGGGUUUAGUUUUGAGCAAUUACUAUUGAUCGGUAGGAGCUGUUGAAUUCGAUAGAAUUAGAAUUGUGAAAUGGGAGGCGAAGAUUCUGACCGGAACAAGAAUGGCCAAUGGUCGUCGCCGAGCAAGCCCUCACGAGGGAAAGAAGAUGAACCCAAGCUUUGGGGAAUCCUCCUCUUCGGUCUGAUUGGCGCCACUGCCACCACUUUCGCAGUGGGGCAGCUUAGGAGGACGGUUGAUUGGUUCUACACUCAGUUUACCAGGUCACAAUCAUCGUGGAAAAGUGGUACUGGAAGUUCCUUCAGAACAUCCUUUCAGGAGGAAGCUUGGAGAAGGAAUAACCGAAGGAUGCAAGAGGAAUAUGAGGAAGAAAUGGAGAGAGUGGUGAGUUCUUAUUCUCUUAAGCUAUUCUAUGUAUGCUAUUCAAUUCCUUCAACCACUAAAACUUCUCUGUAGUUGCUUCAUAUUCCUCUAAGAAUCAUGAAACAUGUUAGGAAAUUGUACUACAUUGUUGGUGUAGUUAAUUGGCCUUAAUAUUAGGUAAUUGAUCAAUGAGUUUGCUAUGGCCCAGUUUUCUUUUAUGCUGCCUGGUUUUAUGUUAUCAAGCGAAUCAUGCUGGAUGUGAAUGUGAAUGCAAAGUUGGGUCAUGAUGAAACCAUUUCUAUACUGUACCAUCUAUGCUAUGUUUUUACUGCCAUUUGUAGGAACGUAUAAGACGUAUGCAAAGUGUGUUCAACAGAGAGAGAAAUAAAUACAGAAGGGGCUAUGAGAGUUGGAGGGAAAAUGAUCCUGGUGCUUAUCAUCAGCACUUUCAGCGGGAUGAUUGGUAUUGGAAAGCAGACACAUCUUAUAGAAAUCAGAGGACUAACUACAGACCACCUCGAAGGGAUGGUGCAAGCUAUCCAUUAUCGCAUCACUACUCUGUUUUGGGUCUUGAUAGGUCCAGAUCAACCCCAUAUACAGAAGAUGAGAUUAAGACAGCAUUCAGGGCUAAAGCAAAGGAGUUCCACCCAGAUCAAAACCAGGAUAAUAAAGAAGUUGCUGAGGCAAAAUUUAAAGAGGUGAUGAUCUCCUACGAGGCUAUAAAGCAAGAAAGGAAGAAUAUGAAGGCAUAAAAACCACAUUUAGUCAACAGAAGAUUGUGGAAGAGGUUGCUGAAAUUGAACAAAUAAAGCUCCAAUUAAAAGGUCCCAUCCCAUGCUAUUCAAGCCAUGAUUUUACCGGUUUCUUUUCUAUGGUAGUCACCGAGAGUGAUGAUUUUGCCUACAAAAAAUCCGGGAAUCAUCCGUGUCUGACACUGAUGUUGUAGUUGCUAGGCUAUUACUUGGGGGAUGAUUAGUAUUUUUUGGGUAUGCAUACUGUGAGGGCUAUAAUGUAUUUAGAUAGAAUGCUUGCGCAGCUCUUGAACAAACUUUCUUAAAUCAUGUAGAAAGGAUUAAUGAUAUCUACCUUUAUAUGUUUCAUUCUUAUCAUAAUCAGA